AAAAAAGUUGUUUGUUGAGUAUCAAAUAUUUUUUUGAAGAUUUUAUUUUAAAGUCGGUCGUCAUUAACAAGAUAUUCCGAAUGUUGAGAUCUCUCUCCAUUUGUGCAGUCUUUUUAAUUCAUGGUGCUAUCAGUUAUGAAUGUGAAAAGGCAGCAGAAACUUGUGAAACAUCUUUAUUGGUGUCUCAUCGUCUGACAAUGAUGCAUAAAAAAGACGCUGUAUACUCAGCAGAAGGGAGGCUGUAUAAAUAUGACGUGACUAAUAUAAAUGAAUCAAACCCUAUACCCAUAAAUGAUGUUAUAACAGCAGAUGGAUGGGAGGAUUCUCGUUUAGUUGUUGUGGCGAAUGGUACAUUACCUGGUCCGCCUAUUAUUGUUUACGAAGGACAGACAAUCACUGUUCACGUAACAAAUCACCUUAAAUCGGAAGAGGUUACAAUUCAUUGGCAUGGAAUCACUCAAAAUGGAACUCCGUACAUGGAUGGAGUGCCCUUUUUAACACAGUGCCCAAUAUCCCCUGGCCAAACGUUUGUCUACAAAUUUGUUGCAUCACAUAAAGGAACUUACUGGUAUCAUUCUCACGUUGGAGCUCAAAGAGCAAAGGGAUUGAUUGGUGCAUUGAUUGUUCGUGAGAAAAAGAGUUUGGAAAUGAAGGAACACAUACUGACUAUUCAGGAAUGGAAUCAUGACUUGGAUGCAGAUUUGGAAGAUGCAAAAAUGGUAUUUGGAUUUUUUGAAAACAGAAAAAAAUUUCAAAGCUCUCAGUCACUUGACGGGCAAUUUUUUAGUAAUAUAAAAGCACAAAGUGGUCUUAUAAAUGGACGCGGAAGAUAUUAUUCUGAUGAAAAUAGUCAUAAUGAGGCCCCACUUGAGGUGUUUACUGUAGAACAAGGCCAGCAGUACCGGUUCCGGGUGAUAGCAGCAGGACAGUUAUUUCCCUGGUCUAUCUCUAUAGAUAACCACCCGUUAACAAUGAUAGCCACCGACGGGUUUGAUAUUGAACCUCAGAUAGCAGAUGCCUUUAUUAUAAAUGCCGGAGAGCGAUACGAUUUCGUCAUUACUGCAAACCAAACCGUGGAUAACUAUUACAUUAGAGCCAAAACUCUCGAAAUAAACCGAAACACGACAGCGGAAGCUAUACUUCAGUAUUUUGGCGCCGAUCAAAAUGUACAACCAACGUCUGUUCCUCGGCAGUGUACAGCUGACGAUCGAUGUGUUGUGGUGAAUUGUUUCUUUCCAUAUUACCCAGACGAAUAUUUUACCGAUUGUUUACCUAUUGAUAAUUUGAAAGUAAAAUCUGAUACUGACCCUGCUCCACCUGUUCAUCAAGGAAAAUUCAAAGAAUAUUUUUUAAACUUUGCUUUUCCCGGAAUUACGUCAUUUCCAAGUACUAUUAAUGGACGAAGGUUCGUAUUCCCAACAAAAAAUGUUUUGGCUGAUCCUGAUGAUGCCAACUUUCCUUGUGAGGAAGCAGAUUGCGGCGAACAAAGACAUUGUACUUGUACGCAUUCUUUAUCUAUAAACCAUGGUGAUACAGUCCAAAUGAUUUUUCUAAAUAUGGGACAGGGAACCGGCUGGGCCCAUCCAGUUCAUAUGCACGGGCAUACGUUCUAUGUCCUUAAAAUUGGAUAUGCUAAACAUGAUAACAGAACAGGAUUAAAACUAGAAGGAAAUUCUGACAUCGGUUGCAGAGGAGGAACUGAUCGUGCCAACAGUUGGUGCAACAAUGCAACAUGGAGUAAUCCAGCAUGGGCUAACGGAAAUGUGCCAGGAAUGGAAUUACUAAAACCAGUAAGGAAGGAUACAAUUAUUGUUCCAAGUGGAGGUUAUGUUAUAACCCGUAUAAAAGCAGAUAAUCCUGGAGUUUGGUUCUUACAUUGUCAUAUUGAACUUCAUGCCAAUGAUGGAAUGGCCAUGCUUCUGAAUGAAUCGUUUCCUCAUCACCCAUCACCACCCACGGGAUUUCCUCAUUGCCACAGUUAUCCUGACAACGAACCACCACCAUCUACAACAACAACCCCUUCAUCAAUGCCAUCCAAAGUCCCUAUCAAUCAAGAAACUGGAACCACUGUUAGUGAUUUUUACACUAAGCAGAAUUUCUGGAUUGUAGUUGGAAGCUUGUGUGGAGUUAUAUUUCUACAAUUGUGCAUUGUUGUAUAUAGUUGUAGUGAUUCAUCGAGAAAGCGAAAAAGCGAAUACGAUAUGAAAGGGAAAUCUAAUCCAAACUUUACUUAUUGACUUUUUUUUGUAAUUCAACGGAUUACUAAUAAUUAUGUAAACUGCAUCCCUCGUAUGAACUGAGUCACAACAUAACAUACUGAAAAAGAUGCUACAGCAACUGGCUUGUAGACAUAUUAUCAGACAUAUUAUAUAAAUAUAAAUAUUAUGUGAAUACUAUAAAACAUUUUUAAUCAAAGA